AUGUCAGACACACUUACUGCUCCCGGGAGCAGUACGUAUUCGUCGAACACACUUCAUGUCGGCGAUGGAACAUGGGAUUUGACGCGGGACACGUUCCUGCUGCCCAAUCUGAUGGGCGUAAACUUUGAGACAAUGCGAUACAAUGGCAUGGGUAACCGAUUCAAGGAUAUGGCUGGGUACCAUUCCAUCAUCAUCGCCCAUGGUGUGAUUGCUACCAUUGUUUUCCUGGGUCUCGUCCCUAUCUCAACAUUGAUCAUCCGAUACUAUUCCCGAUGGAAUCCAUACUGGGCAUUCAAGCUUCAUGCUUGGUUCCAAGUACUGACAUUAUUGUUGUCAACGGUGGUGUUUAUGCUUGGCUGGUUUGCCGUUGGCCCGAAGAGGAGCUUGACUAACCCACACCAUGGAAUCGGCUUGGCAAUCUAUGUCAUGGUCAUAUUCCAGAUGCUAUGGGGCUGGUUCUUACAUAAAAAGGAGAGCAAGAGAACUCGGCACCAUGUUCCUUUGAAGUUGGUGAUUCACCGCUGGCUCGGUCGUGCCUUCCUUUUCAUUCUCUUUGCGCUUGCUGCGUUUGCUUAUUUGAUGUUGUACUUCGUGCUAUCCUAUCUUUACGACGACGAGGGCUAUCACAUGGCAAGCGAGCAUGGUAGUCGAUAUUCCGGGCCAUCAGUUGUUGCAGAGGAACAUCAUGGUGGUGGUGGCGGUGGUGGUCUCGGAUCAGCCUUGGCUGGAGGUGCUCUAGGAGCAGGAUUGGCUUCGAUGUUCAAGCGGCGCCAACGAAGCCGCCACUCGAGCCAGGUCUACGAAGAAUCGCGCACGUCAAUCUCCGAUGAGAAGUACUCUGACGAAUCAUCCCGUGCUGGUAUGCUCGCGAAGAAAUGGUGGGAUCGUCGACGAGAUCGCGAAGAAGACUCAGAAGUUGGACGUUACAGGCCCGCCCACUCGCGUACGGACAGCUAUUCAGAAGAAUCUCUUAGUCGACUGGAAGAUGGACGACCGGAGCCCGUUCACCCAGCAGCGCCACUCAAUCGACCGCCAAGCCGUGUGCCGAGCAGACCCCAGAGCCCCGGUUCGUCUUACUACUACGAUAGUACAUAUCUUACCGAACCUCAGGAAAGGCGUCCGUCGCAUGGAGUUCGUGACGCACUUCUCGGUGCCGGUGCCCUUGCUGCGGUGAAGCGAAUGUUCAGCCGCAAGGGCAAGGAUGACGAAGAAAAGCGUCGGCUUGAUGACAUCCGCCGUCGAGAAGAAGAAGAUGAAUAUUUGCAAAGAGCGAAUAGUAAGCGACGACAGGAUAGUCAAGGGUUCUACCCACAGCGACGACGACCGAGCCCUUAUACUGAAAGUGAUCUCACGCCAACCGAUCUUACUCCUCGUCCGCCUAGACCCCCUCAUCAACCAUCUCAUAGCACCCUUCUCACGCCAGAGCCAGUCGCAACAGGCGCUGUCUAUCCUUCGCGCUCUGACAUUCCUCCCGUUCCUCCAGCGCACCACGAGCUCUCCGGUGAUUUAGUACCGCCGCCUCCAACUUCCCAUUACUCUCAUUCUCAUCACGCCGAGGAAUUAGCAGCUGGAGCUGCCGCUGGAGCUGCACUGGGAGCUGCAUCCAGUCAUCGUCGCAGCGAUUUGAGUCGACGAGACGACCAUGUCGAGUCCCCGCCGGUCUCCGUCAAAGUCAAGAUGCACAAUGACGGUCGACACGUUACACUACGUCGCCUGACCGAAGAAGAGGCCGCUGCACAACGUGAAGCACGUCGCAGAGAGCGACGACACUCCCGGCGUCGCGGCAGCAGUGCAGGCUCCCUAUCCGGUGGUGAACGUGAAUCAGACCGCUGGCGUCGCGUUGAAGAGAAGGAGCGUCAGCAAGCUGAACAGAUACGACGAGAACAGCAGGCCGCAAUGGCCGCUCAACCAGGCAGCAUGCCUCCUUCUCCUUUCCCCCAAUCUAACUCUCAAAUCAGCGUCAUGCCGCCGCCGCCUCCUAUUCCGCAUCCCGCGCCUUCGAGUAUGCCCUACGGUGCUGGAAGUGUCACCUCGCCUGGCACAUGGACCGGCACCGAAGCAAGCGGAUCCUACGCCAAUAACCGUCGUCGCCGACGUGCAGAGCGAGCUCGAGCACGUCAGGACAGGCAACAACGGCCUGGCGUGGAAUUCGAAUAA